AUGCAGUCACAGAAGACGUCUUGGGGGUCCAACCUCAAUGACUUCAGAAUUACUGCCAAAGCCAAGGCCGUACAUACGCAACAACCCAAGGUGGCUGAUAUGUUCGACGAAUUCAGCAAUGCCAUUGAAGCGAUGGCUGAAGGUCUAGACAACAACUCUCCAGAGGAAGACACUGCUUUUGUUGAUGCACCUCCUCAAGAGGCAAUCGACAUUGAAGAGGUUCCUAACGGAGUCCCACGAAAAAUGGAAGCAGGAGAUCUCAGAACCCUGACCAAGGCAAUCAUGGUUGCUUCUAAGUGUACCUUAGAGAGCAACACGAUUCCAAAUGAUCUCCCUGAUCAUAUUGUACAGAGUAUCAAGCGGCAUGAUUCCUGGUACAUGGCUAUCGUCGACCAAGGUACACUGAUUUCGAUCAUCCCAUUAUGGAUGUCCAAGGGGGGUUUCUGGGCAACAUAUCUCCCAAGGCUGUUGAGGAGAGAAGUCUGGGAACGAAUUACAGGUAAACCAGCCAGCACGGCCAUUGUACCACGCUUCGAAUGGUCUGACCUAAUCGAAAUUUGGCACCAAGCCUUUGCUCAAUUGAUAGCAGAUGGUGUGCCCCGUUCAGAGAUUCUUGUUGGGGGCGCCUGUCAGAUCGCACGGCUCCUGAAUGCACACAGACGUCGCCUUCGAGACCCGUCCUACUCGAGUACCCUGCCUCCUUGGAAAUAUGACGAUUCAAAGAAGGCAUCCGAGAAGCCAGCCAAGUUACAGCCAAGAUUCGUUGAUGAGCAGUCCCCAGGGCACCACAGGAGCGUGUUUGACAAGUACUCUGAAAGCUAUGCAGGGGAUGAUACCUUUUGGGAGAUCAUUUUCGUGGAACUGGGCAAGAAAUGGAACAUCGAGACCCAGGCUCAGCUACAGCACCGCUUUGGGUGGGUGUUGAAAUACCUCAGAUCCGGAGAGCUUCCUGAAGAAGCAAAAACUGCUUCUCAAAUCCUACAAGAGUGCUUAUCAAACAGCGUUCUAUCAAGUGAAAAGCAUCCGUACAAAAGACGAGGAAGAUCCAGACGAUGA